AUGACCGUCCUCUCCGGAAAUCCAAUCCCCUCUUGUCGUCCAGACGUGACGUCCACAGGCCCACCAUUUCUUCAGACGCUAAUCACCCUUCCCCUGCUCCCUUUAGCGUCUCGCCCGACUGUCCCCGACUUCUUGUCGGGAGGUGAUAUCACUCCGAGGAUCCCGCGUCAUCGAACACGCACAGGUCCAUCAUCCACCAAGUCAAGGUGGAAAGAGACCCACGUUCCAUCACUCCGGCUCUCCGUUGAAACUUCUAGUUUCGUGGAAUCUCCCCCGCAAACACCGUUAGACUCAUCUUCCAUCGGGAACUAUUCCCUCAGCCAUUUCCCGGUAGUCGUUUCAGCUCCGGUUGCCGGGGUGGAGGCCAUGGACGCGCUGGUUGACGGGAUGAAUGGCUUUACAAUGGAAGACUUCUUUGGGAAAAGCUCCUCUAGUCGCUCAAGGUUUGGUAAUAAUGCAAGGUAUCACCCUUUAUACCAACCACCUCUACCCACUCCUCCACCCGGUGUAGUUCUUGGCAAAGGGAAAAGUCGACGACAAGAUAAAAUCAUGCCUUCAGACGAAGAUGAAGAUGAACCAAGGCCAUCGCCUCCCACUCGUCGUACUCGCCGCGCUCAUCUGCGACCUGGUUCUGCACGAAAAGGUUCCUCAUCCACAAUCACAGUUGACUCGGGAUUGUAUGAGGUCACCUCUUCGGCACCACCACCAGAGCGUCCAAGAACUGUCGUUCCUUCCAUUUCGGAAAUCAUUCGGAAUCACGCUCCAGCUUCUGCUCAGAGCCGCUCUAGAGAGCCUCCAAAACAUGGGUCCAGUAAUAUCCACGUUGAUGGCCAUAACAAUGGUGUUGAGAACGAGGAAUCUGAGGCUGAACUGCUCACGCCUGAUACAGAAGCUGAACCGUUGAGCAGGACCUCUCUUGACAGUAUUGCAGAUGAAGUCCGCCGCACGUACCAUAACCAGAGGAAAUCACAUGUCGUGCCUCCACUUGCGUCACCCCGUGCUCCCCCACUCACCGCCGUGCCUUCCAACAUGUCAGACAGCUCAAGUGUACGACUUCACGGGGCACCCUCAGACAUUUGUUCUCAUUCAUCAACUGCAUCAGCACGGGAUUCGCAAUACUCAUUGGACCUUAUUCCCAUUUCUACUUCUCCUACGUCCGUGCCCCAAGCCAUAGCAGAAUAUCUUCGCUCUGCUAGAUUGACGACUUUGUUGAAACUCACGCGAUUUCCUCAUGCAUCACUUGAUCACCCUCUGACCGUUAGCCUCGCGGAUAUGGGUGAUCCAAAUGGCUUUCCUCUGGUCGUAUUUCUUGGUCUGGGCUGUGUCAGACAUGUCAUGGGUUUGUACGAUGAAAUGGCAGACUGUCUUGGCCUUCGUCUGAUCGCUAUAGAUAGAUGGGGUCUAGGCCGUACUGAGACUCCGCAUUCCAAAUCUGCUAGAGGCAUCAUGGAAUGGGCGGCAGCUGUUGAGGAGGUUCUGGACCAACUAAAAAUAAAUGAAUGCAGCAUCGUUGCACACUCAGCCGGCGCACCUUACGCUUUGGCGUUUGCGAACCGUGUUCCUAAUCGUAUUCGGGGUGACCUUUGUCUGUUGGCACCAUGGAUAGGCGGCUCUGAAAGCGGAGGAUACCGGUGGCUCAAGUACGUCCCGAAUGGCAUUCUGAAGACCGCACAGGCAGCGGAGUGGAAGAUCCAGGCAUGGAUGAUAGGAAAGCCACCAACUGUCGCUUACCGGGGAAUUGGUUACACCGCACCGCUGUCCCCCAGAUUUCAGAAUGGAAAGCCGACGUCUGGCAAUGGAGUCGAACCUUCCUCACGACCUCAGAGUCCCGGCAGAAACACUAUUUACCCUUCAGAUAACACCAAGAGACGGAUGAGCUUAGGUUCUGUUCUGUCCAGUGAUUACGACGAUCUACGGGAUUUCGAUGGCCGUUUUGGGAGCCAAAGCACGCUUGGUGCACGUUCAAUGACACAACAGAGCAGAGAGAAACCUUCUCGAGGAAUUUUAGGCAGACUUAAAGCGUCCAAAGCAAUUUCCCAGCCUCCUUCGCCUGCUAUUGAGUCUCCUCCCACCUCAACCGUCGGAAAAACGCUCAAGACUUUGAGAUCCAUGGGCUCCCUCAAGGGCAAAUCAUCUUCCGCCCCCAACACACUCAAGAGGACCGAUAUCUCAAGUCCGCAGCUUCCUCAACCAUUGUCGGUAGACACGGGCUUAGGUCUUGGUGAAAUCGACUGGGAUGCCACGAAGGUUCGGUCUUCACCUAGUCCUAUACCAACUCCUCCACCCCAUAUUAAACCAACCAAACCCGCCGAAUUGCCCUCUGAUAAACCCUCGCUUAAGCUCCUUCCUCGACAAACCGGCCAGCGCUCUAUAUCCUUCAGUGCGUCCAGUACAAGUGUAUCGAGAACAAGCCCGCCGAGCGUUCCAUCAUCCCCCCCUGCGAGCACUUUAUCCUCUCCACACGUGAGUGUCCAAACUGCAUCAACUGCGUAUCAAACUGCUCUCGCCAAUGCUCUCAUUGCGGCGUCUCACGCGGAAGCAUCGAGGGGGACGCACAGCGACCUUCUACAGAUCCUCAAUCACGAUAAUCGUCCUUGGGGCUUCUCAUACAGCGACUACCCUCACAAGGUCCAGGUUUGGUACGGAGAUAGGGAUGAGAAGAUUGCUGAAAAUGCCGUAAGGUGGAUGGAAAAGGCGAUGGGCGAAGAUCGAUGUCACGUCAAAGUCGUAAAAGGUGCUGACCAUGCUCUCAUGUAUAAGAGCUCGGUCGUUGUGGAGGUUUUAGAGCGAGUCAGGGAGUUCUGGUGA